GUUAUCUUCAAGAAUUCAUUUGAAUGCCUUCCUGAUUGAAGUUUUAGCUGAAAUUUGCUAUGAGUAAACUAGACUUAAUGAAUAAAAUGAUCAAAAAAUUUCAUAAAAAAAUUCCACCGGGAACCGUCCCAAACGGCGACGUCCGGACAGACCCUCCUAAAUAUGGGCUUAUUUGACCUUUUUAUGUAAGUUCGAGGGCCUAUUUGACCAUUUUCCCUAAUAAUAAUGAUGAUGAUGAUGAUGAUGAUGAUGAUGAUGAUGAUGAUGAUGGUGAUGAUGGUGGUGGUGAUGAUGAUGAUGAUAAAGUCUCUUCUGCUUACUUGGUUGAGUCUUCUGGUUUAUGGUAUGGUAGACUACGACAUACUGAUUUUGAAUCUAUAUGUAGAUUACGUAACAUGGAACACAUUCUUAAAUUCAAAGUUAAUGAGAAACACAAAUGUGGAAUUGUGUCGAGGCAAAACUAACAAAAAAAGUUUUUCAAAUCGAUUGAAAGAAAAACGGAAAUACCUAAUCCAUAGCGAGGUUUGUGAUUUUAAAUCAAUCCAAACACGUGGUGGUAAUAAAUAUUUUAUUACAUUCAAUUUAUCUACGAUAGCGCUCGCUAAAAAUGAAAAUGAAGCAAUCGAUAAAAUCAUUCUUUAUAAGAAUGGAGUGGAAAACCAACUUAAUCGACAUAUUAUAAUGGAUAGAAGUGAUCGAGGUGGUUAAUAUCAAGCAUCAAUUGGUGACUCUUGCGCAAGUGUGACAUAUAGUGCACAAAUGUACUGCACCCUAUUCAUCUCAAUCAAACGGUGUUGCCGAAUGAAAGAAUCGCUCAUUGAACGACAUGAUGAAUGCAAUGCUAGUAAGUUCAGGCAUGCCACAAAAAUAUGUGGGGCAAAGCAGUCUUGUCAAGCAAUUACCUUUUAAAUAAGAUACCCCAGAAAAAACUCGAUAAAACUCCUUACGAGUUGUGGAAAGGUAGGAAUUCAUCCUAUCAAUAUUUAAAGUCUGGAGGUAUCUUGCAAAAGUGCUUGUACCAACACCAAAGAAAAUUAAAAUAAGUCCAAAAACGGUGAACUAUUUUUUAUUGAUUAUGCACAUAAUAGUAGUGCUUAUUGGUUUUUAGUGUACGAGUCCAAUAACCCGGAUUUACAUAAAAAUACGAUUAUUGAAUCGAGAAAUACAUCACUUUUUGAAGAUGUACUUCCUUGUAGGUCAAAUGAAGGACCUAGUACGUCAAAACAAAGUGGCUAUGGAUAAUACAAGUGAUGGGUCCGGAGAUGAACCUGAGCCCGAACGUAGAAAACGUGCUAGAGUUGAAAAAUCUUUCGAAAAUGAACAGCGGACUUAUACGGAACCUGUGUCAUCUACCAUAUAUCCAAUGUGGAAAGAAACCAUCAAAAGUGAGGUGAAUUCUAUUCUUCAAAAUCACACUUGGGAACCGGUUGAUCUUCCCCUGGAUUGUGAGCCUCUAGGUUCCAAAUGGAUCUUUAAGAGAAAAAUGAAACAUGACGACAAUAAGUUCAAGACAGACUUGUAAUCAAAUGAUACAAGCAACGUGAG